AUGUUCGACAGCCCAAGUACUCCCGAUGGGUCCGGUCGUAUCUUCACCCAGUCUUUUCGUCGGAUCCCGUACCGGCGCGGAGACGCGGCCCCCAUCGUAGGACCACAGCUGCGAGCCCACGCUCUCCGCCCAAGGCACCAGCCCGCCAAACCACCUCUUCCGCGCAACUCUCUCACUACUCCUCUAUCCUUCCUCAUCUCUCAGCGCUUCUACUACAUCCACUUACUUUCACUCCACUUCCUGCCGCAUCCGGGAGUUCGGCCAUGCAGCUCGAUCCAUCCUCUCUUCAUCGCAGGAGCCCUGCUUCCUGUGACUCAUGCUGCCAUUCGCCAGCAUACUCUCGAGCUCACCUAUGGCACAAACAACGCCGAUGGCACCACCCGCGAGUCCUGGCUCAUCAUCGGCCAGACUCCGGGUCCUCAUCUGGUCUGGGACGAGGGCGAUGACAUCUCCGUCAAGGUCGUCAACAAAGGCCACGAGCCUGUCACCAUGCACUGGCACGGUAUCGAGCAAGUCGGCUCUCUGUGGUCCGAUGGCGUCCCAGGACUCACCCAGUGGCCAAUCCCGGUCCAAGGCGACUUUGUCUACAACUUACCGUCAAGCAAGCUGGCUUCCACUGGUACCACUCUCACUACGCACGAUCUACAUUCGCCGAGACCCAACAAGCCCAAGCCUUUCAGCCAGAUCUCGACUGAUGCGGCUGUGCUCGAGAAGCUCAAGCAGGCCGAGAACAAUGCCCUUCUGCUCAACGUAUACGACUACAAGCACUACACCUCGGAACACUGGAUGGCAGAGUGGGAGCGCACGGACAUCGAGCAGCUCUGCAUCGACAACCUUCUGACCAACGGAAAGGGACCUGUGAUAUGCCCGGACAUGAACGAGCUCAACGCCGUCGCCAAUGCUCAGCAGAAGCCGCUGACCAAGAAAGGUGCCCAUGCUCAGAUGCAACCCAGCAGCAAGCUGAUGUACCCGUACCCUGGAUCCAAGCCUGACAUAGUCGAGCCUGCGAUGUGGACAGAGUGCACAAACUCGAACACGACAUUCGAGGUGUUCUCUGCCAAGCAGUCCAACGGAUGGGUCGCCUUCAACCUGCUUAACAGCGGUGCGCUGUGGGACUUGCGUGUCUCCAUCAACUCCCACAAGCUCUACUUCUAUCCAGACAGCACAUCCCUCCUCAUCCCUGUUGGCAAGUUCUUUGUCAAGCUCAACCAGACCCCUGGCAACUACUGCAUCUGCGCUGCUGUUGUUCUUCCUCAGCUCAUCACAGGCUUCUCCAUCCUUUGCUACUCUGACAAAACCGGCACUGGGCUUGUGCAGGCAAAGACUCUGCCCCCGGCUAAGAAGCCUUGGAUCAACUAUGCUGGCAACCUCAUCAACAGCAGAACUGACCUUGUCAUGGCCAACCUUGCUCUGUUCCCUGACUUACCACCUCUCAAGGCAACGCUGAUGUCACCAUCCCGCUGA